AAAAAAGCGCAUUUUUGUUUAAUUAUGCAAAGCUUACUGUGGCCGUCUCUAGUUUUAACGCUCAUAACGCUCAUCGCGGUAGGAUUACAGUACAUCACGCCAACGCUCCCCAACUUAACGAAUAACCUGUAUCAGCUGCUGCAGUACAAGAUAUCGGCCGAGUUUUUCCCGCUCAUUCUUGCGUUUGUGGUCCUCAUCACGCCUAUCUUCAUAUCUGCGCUUAUCAUACGAACAUUCUGCAGGUACAUCCACGAAUCGAGACGCUCUCUGAGGAAAACGCAUUUUGUGUCUUCGUUUUUCUAUCUGUUCUCCAUCUGCACGAGCCUUCUGCUCUUCUCCUUCCUCAUGUACACGAUAAUCACCUUUUCCAAGAACCCGGGAAACGUGUUGUUCUUCAUGACAAAGAAGAGCACAACGGUGCAGGACACGGUGUUCCACAUCAACGUUCUCUUCAUAAUCACGGUGUUCCUCAAUGCUGCGCUGUACAUCAUGAGUACAUACAUCGUGGAGAGCAUGGAAAUGAGACGUAUCAACAAGAUAAACAGCUUCAGCGCGCUUGUCCUCGACAGCUCAUACAUAUCCACGAAUUUCAUAAUUGCACUCAUCGUGCUUGUACUGUACCUUGCGCUGACCGUGCUCUACACCGUGCUCUUCUACGCCUCAUUCGAAUCAUUCAAGCAGUUCAUCCAGCCAAUGAUGUACUGCAUCCUGUUCACCACACUGUCCCACGCACUGUUCAUAGCCGGUUACACGACGUACACCAACGUAUUGCUGGAGAAGGCUUUGAUAGCAAAUGAUGAAAAGUAACGGCAGAAAUAGAAUAAAUAAAUCGUAUAGUAGGAAGUAGACGUGCCAUUGUUCCUGUUUAAUUCUGUGGCACUCAUUUCUUACGAGGAACACGCUUAAUUAACGUUUAGCACCAAAUUUGCAUUUACUGCACUCUUUGUUCGUUAAUUUUGGUGUGAGUGCCACAAAUUUAGCUUUGCUUCAUUUUUUUGUUCUUUUCGCUGUUGCGUGUUCGUAAUGAAAAAUUAAUUUAGCCUGAAAGGUACGGCCACACCAAAAAAUGCUGUGGUGCUGCCGUGUGAAAUGAUAAACGUGCAUUUGGUGAGAAUAAAAAAUGCUGAUUCACCACAUACGGUGCUCACGCGUUUAGACCAAUCGUUUGUGUUGGCACAUGUUGCACGAAGAGAGCAUUUUAUUUGAUAGCGGCGGUUUAGACGGUAAUUACGGUUCUUUCUUGAAUGAAGACCAUUAAGGCUAUUCAGAGCGCUUGGCCAUCAGGAGAGCUUGUUGUUGUGAGAUGUAGGGCGGUAAACAAGGAGACUCUCAAAAGACAACCGCACGGUUCCUUACGGUCAUUUUUUGGUGGUAAUUUUGAAAUACCACCCAAACAUUCUUUAAUUGCUGUUAAGCGGUUGUCUGCAAGCAAACAUCACCA